ACGGUUCGGAGAACUUGGCGACCGACCGCAGAACAUCGCUGAUCACGCACCUCGAUUAUUUUCCUCAUACUUUUUCAGUGAUUUGUGACUAAGUUGCCGUGUACGAAACUUUUAUUUUAACUGAUAUAGACUUGCAAUUCACAUCGAAAUUCGACAUUUUAGAGAUAUCUCUACGGCUAACGGGAAUUAAAUAACUUCGUUAACAUGAUGUCGUGGGCGAUCUGGUGCGCUAUGGUGGUAGCGUGUUGCGCGUGCGCACAGGCUGCACCUGCAUCUAACGCGCUUACACCAGCUAUCGAUUGGGCGCAGUUUGACUCAACGGCUCCAGACGAUGAAAGCAUCGGUUACGCUGUUCCUUCCAUGAGCGGACGCCUCACGGCCGGCGCGCCUUGGCUCUACCUCUUAGCUGAAGUUCCACGUGAUUCUCAGAAUGUUGCUGAACUCCACGAAGGGCGCGCGAGGCCGAAACGGAAGAUGCCGUCGCUCUCCAUCAACAACCCCAUGGAGGUUCUUCGCCAGCGACUCCUGCUCGAAGUGGCCCGCAAACAGAUGCGCGAAGCAAACCAGCGGCAGGCCGUUGCCAACAGAGUAUUCUUACAAAACGUGGGUAAACGAGGUUUUUGGGCUAAUACAGUUCCAUCACGCUACGACAAUUAAAAAAUCCUGGAAGCCAUUUUUAGUUCUGCGGAUCCUCUCGCCACCUAUGUACAAGUUUCUGCGACAACAUAUAUAUUUUUGAGAGAACAAACCUAACAAUGUAUUUUAUUUUAAUAGUCGUUUACGAAUGCAGUUUAUUUACUCCUGUAAUUAGUCAUGAAUAUAAAACUAGCGAAUUUAGUCGCUAUGCUUAAUUUUAAAAAUAUUCUUCGUAGUAUUUAGAAUACAAGAUACUCGACAAAAUUACGUCUACUUUUAAAUUUAUCAAGAAUAUUAAAUACUUUUCGAGAUACUGUAAUUAACAGAAUCACCGUCCUUAUUUUCAAUGCUUAUAAAAAUAGUUCAAUUUCGUUAAUUUUACAAAUACAUCGGUGUGAAUGUUAACCGGCUCAACAUUCGCUCCAACUGCGAUUUUAUUUUAAACGUAUUUUUGUUUGCAUGAUUUAUUAUAAAUUUUUCU